ACUCAAUUGUAUUUGUGAGUGUCAAAGUGUCAGAGCCAAACAGUGGUUAGGAAAAUAUAAAUAAAUUAAAGGUUACGAUAAAUUAUUUCCUCUAUUCUACAAGAGGCAUAAAAUAGAAUUUGUAGUUCCCAAUAACCUGUGUAUACAAAUUCCUAUACAAUUUGUAUAUUAGAUGCUAGUUUAAGCACUACACUACUGCUUCGUCUGUUAGUUUUUGAAGAGGACACAUCAAAACCUUUACGAUGAGUUACAUGCUUGGGCAUUUACAUAAUGGAUGGCAAGUAGACCAAGCAAUUUUGUCAGAAGAAGACAGAGUUGUGGUCAUACGCUUCGGUCACGACUGGGACCCAACCUGCAUGAAGAUGGAUGAAGUUUUGUACAGUAUUGCAGAGAAAGUGAAAAAUUUUGCUGUUAUAUACUUGGUGGACAUCACAGAGGUUCCUGACUUUAACAAGAUGUAUGAGCUGUACGAUCCUUGCACGGUGAUGUUUUUCUUCCGUAAUAAGCACAUAAUGAUUGACUUGGGCACGGGUAACAACAACAAGAUCAACUGGCCUCUGGAAGACAAGCAGGAGAUGAUUGACAUUAUAGAGACAGUGUACCGCGGCGCACGGAAGGGUCGCGGUCUUGUCGUCUCGCCCAAAGACUACUCCACAAAAUACAGAUAUUAACAAUGUAUCCUGUCAGUGACUUGUCUCGUUAAAGACAAAAGAAAUCAGCCACCAAAGUGUUACUUGACAGUGGUUAACUGCUUUGGCAGCAACCGGCGCUAGAGUUGCUACAGGGCAGGGUUACCAACUUAUCUAAUUAUGUUUGGCAUACAAACUUCGGUUACUAACUGCAGUGAUCUGUUUGUGGACUCUGAAGAUCAUUCAAAACAUAAUGAUAAUAUAUUUGAUACUGUGUAAAAUAUAGAUGUUGUUAUAUCUAUAUUGUUUAUGGUAAAAAAAGAAUAAAAAAACAAAAUGUAUUUGUCACUAGUUGUCACCCGUUUGUCAUAAAUAAAAACUCCUAAAGCAAA